AUGGCUCAACAACUUCUCCACAUCGAUGCCUCGUCUGGCUUAGCAUCUGCCGCAGCCACUCCCAAUGAAGAGCGUGAAGCCUAUCUGGAUUAUGUUCCCAAGCCUGAGCGUCACCGCGCUGGUGUCCUUGGCGCCUUGCUACGACUCUACAACCACGAUGGUCCAGCUAGCUCAGGCCAUGAUCGCUCCUCCAGCCUGCCACGGCCUGCACACUUCCGCGAUGGAAGCAGUGGCUUCAACACUCCACAGCAUUCGCCUCCUUCCUCUGGAUACAACACUCCUAGCGGUAGACCUCUCUCAGGUUAUAGCACUCCCGGAGGCAAACAGUCAAAGCCAUGGCAUUCCAAAAGUUAUAGCAAUUCAACAUCUUCUCUGGCCUACUUGGUUGGUUCUUCUGUGAGUGGAGGCACUCCGAUCGCCGGCCUGCCGCUAGGAGAACAAGUUACGGAAAACUUACGCCAACGUCACGAAGCAGAGAAGAAGGCCAAAAAGUCUCGCAGCCACAAUGUCCUGAGUCGUAUGGGCCGUUCCCGCCUGGAUGAAGAGAUCAGGAUCACGAAGCACAUCAAGGAGAAUUUGGCCCGACAAAAGUAUCUCCUCAAGCUUUGCCGAGCUUUGAUGACCUACGGUGCGCCAACCCAUCGCCUGGAAACGUAUAUGCGUAUGAGCGCCAGAGUCCUUGAGGUUGAUGCCCAAUUUCUUUACAUGCCCGGUUGUAUGAUAUGUUCAUUCGACGACCUUUCGACACAUACAACGGAAGUUAAGAUGGUCCGCGCUGGUGAAGGCUUGAAUCUUGGGAAACUAAGAGAUUGUCACGAAGUCUACAAGGAAGUCCUUCACGAUCGUCUAGGAGUCGACGAUGCUACUGAUCGUCUUAAUGAGAUCUUCAACAAGGAACCACAUUUCAACAACUGGUGGAUGGUGUUUGUGAGUGGCCUAGGCACAGCUUCUGUUGCACCCUUUGCAUUCAACGCCGGUUACUUGGACUUGCCUAUCUGCUACGUCCUUGGCUGCAUUGUAGGAUAUCUUCAAGUGGUAUCCUAUCGCAACGAAGGCGUCCUAAACAUGUUCGAAGUUCUUGCGACCAUCAUAACAUCAUUCUUGUCUCGAGCUUUCGCUUCUAUAGGUCAUGGUCGCUACUUUUGCUUCUCAGCUCUUGUCCAGUCUUCGAUCUGUUUGAUUCUGCCCGGCUGGAUAGUACUUCGCGCCUCGCUGGAACUUCAAUCGAAAAGUAUGGUCUCUGGGAGUGUGAGAAUGGUCUGGGCUAUUAUUUAUUCACUCCUGCUCGGAUUUGGAAUCACGAUUGGAACCGUUCUCUACGGUGCUAUUGAUAAGAAUGCAGUGUCGACAACAACAUGCUCAGCUGAUCGCGAGAUUGGGGCGCAUAUUCAACUGGUUUUUGCACUGAUUUUCUCCUUUUCCCUAUGCGUGCUGAAUCAGGCCAAGUGGAGGCAAAUGCCUGUCAUGAUCAUCAUUGCACUCAUAGGACGUCUAGUCAGCGUUGGUCUUGGUACGAAGUUUAAGGGCAAUGGCCAGAUCAGUGCUACAAUCGCUGCCCUUGCCAUUGGUCUCGCUGCAAAUUUGCAUUCACGAUUCGGAACCAAGAUCGAGAACAAAGCUCUGGAUGUUUGGGAAGCCUAUCUGCGACCACACGUCAGAGCUUUCCACAAGCGAAUUCGUGGCAAAUCAACAGCUCUCCGCGACCGACGUACUAAGAAGAUGAUGGAGAGCAUGGAGUCUGGAGAACUACACGACAGCGAAAGCAUCUUUGUGCCACACAUCAGACGUGUAGGCUAUGGUCUCGCAGCGGCGGCCAUGUUGCCCGCCAUUCUUGUACAGGUGCCUAGCGGUCUCGCUGUUAAUGGAAGUCUGCUCUCUGGUGUCCAAGCUGCCGAUCAGAUCGCGGGAAAGGGUCAGAAUGGCAGUACGGUUACAGAUGCCGCAACACUUCAGUCUGGUGGCAGCGUAAACUCUGUGGCCUUUAACGUCGGUUAUUCCGUGGUGCAAAUCGCAAUCGGCAUCACGGUGGGAAUAUUCGCGUCCACGUUGAUAGUGUACCCAUUCGGCAAGAGACGCAGUGGCCUGUUCAGUCUGUGA